AGGUUACGUUAUAUAAUACAUUGGAAAUCUGAACCAGCCAAGAGUAAACACAAUUCCUAGGAGAGAAACAGAAAAGUGUGAAAAUGGCUGCAAUGACUGAAUUGAAUGCUGACUUUGGCAGGGAAACAGAUAAUGAUGCAGAGGUAGUACUUUCAAAGACUGAGAUGCAGAGGAAAAGAACCCUGAAAGACAUAAAGUUCUCAGAUCACAUGCAGUCUAUAGAAAAGAUACAUACAGGAACAUCCCUCGACAUAAGAAUUACAAUCAAUGGUGAAUUGUAUGGAUAUGAUAUUCCAAUACCAACAGGAGAGAGAAUAUACCCAGACAAAACAGUUCUAGACCCAAGUAACGAUACAAUCAAGGUCAAAAUUUUCAAGGAAACCUUAUUCAGUCUGAAGAGCGCCAUGAUGAGAUGAACCAGGAUUUAGUGUGUGAUAAACACACACCAAUCAUGCGUAUGGUGUAAGAGGUACAUUGUUGGUGGUGACAGUUGUAUCCACAUUUCUGUUCUUAUGUAUUCCAUUAUUAAUCAAAGCUUUUUUUAAAAUGUAGAUGUGUCUUUUUGUCUAAAAGAGGACGGAUUUUAAUUCAUGUAUUUGUAUUAUAAAGUACUUUCUUCUUUAUUUGAAAUUAAAGAAACUACAAUUCUUAGACUUUAUUUACCAGGUCCAAUUAUAUUUUAUAGCUGUACAUUAUUUUCAUAUCAUUAUUAUUUAAACACGAUAAAUGUAUCUACCUGUGCAGACAAAAAUUGCUUCAAGACUGUGAUUCACGAUUAUGCUUUUUACUGGAAACAAAUAUCUUAAAUCCAUGAAAUGUGUAAAUAAAAUAAGAUGAAAGUGUUUUAAUCUAAUUAAAAUUUUAGAUCCUCUUGCACAUUAUAUAAAAAUAGAUUUAAGAUCGUAAGCUGCGAGUGCGAACGGAUCUAACAUCUAAUAUUUACUAGACUGAGAGUGUUUUUAAGGAAUUUAGUUCCAUUUGUUAACUAUCUAUAAGGGGCUUCUAGUAAGAGUAUUGAUAUAACACCCAUCGUAGUUAAAACUUUUAUUCAUAUUUUGUUCAAAUACAUAUUUUUUUAAUUCCAAAAAGACCUUUCAAAUUCCAGGAAAAAAGAAAAUAUAUGUACUCAUAGUAGUUUUGUUCUUCUCAAUAAGUCGGAUUUUAUUUAGUAAUACAUAAUAUGUUUAUCUUUUAUUAAUAAAAGAUUAAAAAAAAAAAAACCAAAGUCUGAUUUAACGCUCUAUUCUGGAUAUUCUUUUGCAUUACAUCAGGUUCUGAGCUAUGCAUCGGCCUUUCGUUUCUUCCUUGAUACUGAUAAGUUGAAAAUAAUCGACACGUACAUGACAACGGGAAAUUUUACAACUAACUGAACCAUGCGAUAAUAUGCACUUAAUAUUCAUGUCAUAGAAAUAUGACGUUUCCUUUUCCCUGCAAGCAAUUUAUAGCACAGUUUACAAAUUUUUCUUCAAAUUAAGUGAAAAUAAUACG